CGACAUGGCGGCAUCUAGCAGAGAGGAGCUAAAAGAAGAAAUUCAGGAACUGAGAGGAGAGGUGUUGGAAUAUGAACCGGGCAAAGCAUCGGUGCACCCUGAACGAGUUGAAUUCCCGGAGAAUCUUUACAUUGGGCUUUUUGGUCGAACGGGAUGCGGGAAAACAUCACUGAUAAAUUCAUUGAAGUUUGCCGCUCAUGGAAAAUUUCGAAGAGCUAAAUGGCUGCAGGUAGCGACACAGGAGAAGGCUGGUGGGCACACCAUGUACAGAAGAUUUGCUGAUAUUACCAAAAGGAUUUUUGUGAUUGAUAAUCGAGGUCUCGAUGACCCUAACACCGAUCGAGCAACUGCUGAACUUCUUGCACAGUUAGCUGGAGAGCGAGGCUACGGAUCCAAAGUCGAAUGGCAAGGGGAAGGAGACGAGAACGAGCCAGAUACCUCAGAACUGGACUUGGACCAGGAAAACAAAGGACACCCAAUUGGAUGUGCUGUCUUUGUAUUCAGCGCUACACAUGAUUUUGAAAAAAAUACUACUGGGUUGAUGGAAGUGGUGGACUUCUUACACAUAUACCAAGGUCGCUAUCCAGUGGCUGUUAUUACCCACGUAGAUGUGACAGGGAAAGACAAGGUUGAAACCCUCAAAACAGUGCUGCGCGUGUGUGGUAUCAGUGACAUCUUCGAGGUCGCCAACCUGACCGACGAAAAGCAAGAACUAGAAGAAGAGUACCAACUCACUCUCCUGAGCUUCAUCGAGAGGUGCAUGACAGACGGCGACGAAACACUCGUUUUUAAAUACUACCAGCAGAAGGAGGAAAGGCGAAGACAGGAGAUAAAGAAGAAGCAAGAAGAAAAGGAGCGAAAAGAAGAAGAGCGGGCACGGAGGGAGCAGGAGCACGAGAAGCACUACGAACGAGCACUUCGAGAAGCACAGGUUAGCAGACAGGAUGAGAUCAGACGAAUUAUGAAAGCAAACAGACAUAAGGAGGGUCUAUGUUCAAUAUCUUGAUUUCUAGGCCUGCCUAAGGACCACGAACCGAUCUUUAAAAUGGGGGGAUGUAGAAAAUGGUAUUUGUUCAAAAUUAAAUGGGCAGCCCCCGCUAUGUGCAUUGGUGUGUGAGCUAGAGUUCAUGUGUGGUUACUUUGUUAAAGAGAUAGAGAGAGAGAGAGAGAAAGGAAGAA